AUGACUACUACAACCACAAGAACAUCAUCUUCUUCAGCAUAUCACCAAGACGCUUAUUGGUCUCAAUUGGCUACGUCCAUGGUGGACAAGAUCAUCGGUUCUGACCAACAAUAUCAACUCUUGGAAGUGCUCGGACAUGGUGCUUACGGCUGUCUUUUCCUCGGUCAGUCUUUACAGGACCAUGCUUAUGUGGCUAUCAAAGUUUUGUCUACCUCUGGUCUUGAUGAUCAACAACGCUCGUUACAACAACUCGAAAUCGAUAUUCAGACGUCUCUCAAUAAGCAUCCUCAUAUCUUGGCUCUCUACCAUACGAUUGAAACAAAGAAAGAUGACUACCUCUAUAUGGUCAUGGAACUAUGUGAUGGAGGCGAUUUAUUUGACUUUGUCCUUCAACAACUGGAUCAUUAUCAUCCUAAUGAUGAAAGUCUUGUCAAAAAAUUGUUUCUUCAGAUAGUGAAUGGCGUUGAAUACAUGCACCAACAGGGUGUGUAUCAUCGUGACCUCAAAUUGGAAAAUAUUCUUUUGAAAUUACCCGAGCAAGACGAGGGUGUCUUUAGUUUUCACGAUGAAGAGGAAGAGGAGCAUGAAAACGACGACGACGACAACAACGAUAAAGAUAUUGUUUGUAAAGUAGCUGAUUUCGGUUUAGCCACUCGUGAGAGAUACUCUUGGGAAUACGGAUGUGGUUCUCCUUCUUACCUGGCACCUGAGCAUUUCAUCCACGCCUCUACCACGACAACAACGACAACAACAACAACAGCAGCAACAGCCACAGCAACAGCCACAGCCGCUGUCCUAAAGCCUUACGAUGCCGCUGCUUCUGAUAUUUGGUCUUUGGGUAUCUUACUUUUGGCACUUAUGUUUGGUAGAAAUCCUUGGCAAGAAGCUUCUCUUGACGAUCCUGCUUUUUCAGAGUUCAAGAAAUCCACUCACGUCUUGAAACAGCAACUCUUUCCUGAUAUUUCCAUGUCACUUUAUCAUUUCCUCACUGCCUGUUUAGCUGUCGAUCCUCAACAGAGACCUUCCAUCACCGAAUUGAAAGAAAAGUUUCAAUCCAUCGAUCAUCUCUAUGCGACUACAACAACAACAGAAGAAGAAGAAGAAGAAGAAGGUUAUGUUUCUAUUCCUCAUGCUACCAGCAAAAAGAAUACGGGUCAUUCCUUUGAUUCUGCCUUCUUUAGUGGCGGAGGUAUGUCUUGGUCUGAUAUGAUGGAUGAAGAAGAUGAAGAGGAGGAGGAGGAGGAGGAGGAUCAAGACUUUAUGGCUCCUACGACACCUCCUUCCACCACCGUAGCUACUACUACCUCAACAACGACACUCAAGACCAAGAAAGAAGCUUUGGACAGUGCCGUUGAAUUUGAAAACCCUCACCCUCCUUAUGAAGAGGAUGAAGACGAUACUAUGUUUGUUCAUCGUGGUGAACAAGAAUCUUGGUGGUUGUAA